AUGGCCCAGGGACACCCAUCCUCUCAGCCCCCUCCCUCUCCCCCUCAACAACCCCCUCAACCCCCCCUCCCAACAAUCGCCAUCACCUCCCCCCCACACCAAACAACCACAACAACAUCCACAACCUCGACCGCAACCACCCGCACCACGCCCACUUCCGAAACCACCACCGGGACUACCACCACAACCACCACUAUAACCACCACCACCAUUACCCGCACCAGCGUCACGACCGCUACUAUCGAUACCGUCACGGGGACUAUUGAACGUGAUACGGAAAUAACGGAGGAGGGGACGACGUUGAGGAUCACGAAUGUUACGAUGGAGGUGUGGGAGUAUGUGGACUAG